AUGGACGCCUUCUACAUAUACACCGAAAAGGGCAGGAAGUUGUUGGAACAGAUUUUCGCAAAUGAUAUAAAUGCGGAAGCGACUCAGGAAGAAGUUAAAGGUAUACUAUUGGGGAGCAAUCCAAUGGAAAGCUCCAAUUGCACCGUAAUCAGCAGUGGUGAUGAUGAAAGUAUAAUCAGAAAGCCUUUCGAAGGGAAAUUCAUCUUCCUCAUUAAGAAGGAUUCUCUCUACUUUGUAAUUUUAAAGAAGGAUGAAAACAAUCCAGUGAUGACAAUCGAAGUGAUUCGAGAAAUCGUGGAACUUUUUAAAAAAUUUUUUAACAGAGAAAAGCUGAGCGAAGACAUCAUAACGAAUAAUUAUUCUGUUGUUAUUUUUCUCAUUAAUGAAAUAUUAGCACAAGGAGGAAAGCCGAAUGUAUUUGUGAAUGAAAUUUUGAAAAAUUUGGUUGCAAUUGGUUCUGGGCUCCUCAACGAGACAUUGAAAUACACACCAGGGAUGAGCAAUAUACGCAACUUGCUUGCAUUAGGGAAAAAUGUCUCAGGAGAGAAUAAGUCCAAGGGAGUGAAGAUUAAUCACAGUUACAACAACGGAACGACAAUCCACAGCCAGGAUAAGCAAAAUGUCUUUUGGAGAACAAAUAAUGUUUCUCAUGUGAAUAAUAAAAUAUGUGUAGAAAUCAGGGAGAAUGUGAAUUGCGUCUUGACUAGGAAGAACAAGAUAAUUCACUUUUCUAUUCAAGGAAACGUUCACGUCCAUUGCUCAAUUAAAGGGUCACCAUUGAUUAAAAUGAUCUUUAACAGAGACAUAAAGCUUCAUUUGACCCACCUACAUUACACUGCCAAUUACAGUUUGAUAGUUAAAAGGAGAUUACGUAGUCCAGACGCAGAAAAAAACUCUUUUUUUUUCGUUCCCUUGAAUGAGAGCUAUAUCAUUAUGCAGUACGUUUAUUAUUUCCCCUUGAAACCUAAGAAAAGGGGAGUGCACUCAACAAGCGCAAGUAGUUCUGUAUCCACCGCUCCCGAGUUAACGAAUGUGCUGAAUUUAACAAAUGACAACUCCACGCAGAGCGUUCCAGCGAUAUUGGAUAAGAACACACAAGAAGGAAACAACCAGGUGGAAAAGAAAAACGAUGAAGUGACUCAGGAGAAUCAUAAAAAGGAAGAGGAACUGAAAAAUGAAAAGAGGGAAAUUUCCCCAGCAGAAGAUCGAUUCAGGAGUUAUAUGGAAGAAAAGAAGAAACCCAUUCCGGAAAAGCCGUUACAUAGAAGUAAUAACCAGGUUGUGACAUUUUCACCUACCCUCGAAACUACCCAUAACGUGGAGCAGAAAAAUGGAAAUAUUCAGCCGAGUACCGACAAUGACGGUAUAAUCGUAAUUAGAGAUACGCUACCGUGUGUACGGAAUAAUGAGCGCUACUUAUUACCAAUAAAGGUUAAGGGAGUUAUCACUUAUACACCUAACGAGUACAAGUAUAAUAUCAAACUGCAACUUAUCUUGAAUGAUAUAAAGAGAAACUGUGAUAGCGACAUGAAGAUAACUGGGUAUGCGAACAUCUCUGUAAAAAUUCCAGUGUAUAAUUUCAUAAAGUACGUUAAUAUAAUCUGUACAGUAGGAACUAUAUCAUACAUUGAAAAGUGCAAUUCUGUCUUCUGGUGCAUCGACAAGGUGGAAAAUUCGGACAUUGACCUUUCGGCUGAGUUAACCUUAUUUAUACAACCCAAUCCAGAUGGAACAUUUUGUAGCCAUAGAUAUUAUUAUGAGAAGUUUGUAAGGUACAAUAAUGACGCGUUUAUUAAUGGGCUUCCGGAUACUUCCCGAGGCAAUGGCAUUUCGAAUUGCUCCUACCGUGGUGCGGGUGCUAAAAAUCUCAAGAUCAUGAGAGGAAGCGAUGGUUCCAGUAUUUUUUCGAACCAUCUGGCUAAGUGGCUCAAUAUAGACGCGGGUGCCUACCCCGACUUCUCUUUCCCCGUGUAUGUCUCGUUUACGGUCAUUGGGAUAACAGCUUCGGGAAAGCGUGUCGAAAGAGUCGAGUUGAAGAGACCCAGUAAUGCGUCCCUCCAAGCGGUGUACAGAUACUGCACGACCUACAACCAUGUAGAGUUUAGAAUAUAG